CAUCUCGUUCGAAGGCUUCUGUAUGUUGUUCGUAAUAUUUUGAUAUAAACGCCCAAAGGAUGCAUUAUUUUCUGUACAUAUCCGUGACAUCUUUUGCUGCAUGAUGAAAAAAUAUUCAAUUCAUCGUUUCAUCAAUUAUGUGUGUUUAUCGAAUUGAUAGGACACCAAAUAUAUGGAAACAUCAUAGAAGGAGAUUUCUCAUGAAGGGCUGACAAGUUUCAUCACUCAUUUCCUUUGUUCAUAUACCCUCCUAUGGAGGUGGGUUUGCGAGUAGUCCGAGGCCCUAACUGGAAAUGGGGUAAUCAAGAUGAUGGGGAAGGCCAUGUUGGCACUGUUGUUGAAAUUGGAAAACCUGGAAGCACUACAUCUCCAUACAAAACUGUUGUUGUGCAGUGGGAUUCAGGGUCCCAUACUAACUACCGAGUUGGAUAUCAAGGGGCUUAUGAUUUGAGAAUACUAGAUAAUGCACCACUUGGUGUAAAGCAUCCGAAUAUUAUCUGUGAUUCAUGCCGGAAACAGGGUAUAUCUGGUAUGCGCUGGAAAUGCACUCGGUGCUUCGAUUUUGAUCUUUGCACACAAUGUUAUAUGUCAGACAAACAUGACUUGACACAUACAUUUCUCAGAUUAGAAACAGCUGCUUCAGUUGGAGUGGAAAUGCCAAAAAGGCAAAAUGCAGUAAAAAUCCAAAUGAAAGGAAUUUUUGUGGGUGCCAAGGUGGUAAGAGGACCUGACUGGGAUUGGGGCAAUCAAGAUGGAGGUGAAGGAAAGACUGGCAAAGUUCUUGACAUCAGGGGCUGGGACAAUGAAUCAGAAAGAAGUGUGGCUAAUGUUACAUGGUCAUCUGGUUCCACGAAUGUGUAUCGCCUGGGUCAUAAAGGAAAAGUUGAUCUAAAAUACACUCAAGAUGCUGUGGGUGGCUACUAUUACCGAGAUCAUUUGCCAAUUCUAGGACAAAAUGUAGAAGCAACUUGCAGCAAGCCAAAUUCAUUAAAUCAGCCGAGAUUUAAUGUUGGAGAUAAAGUUCAAGUGCUCAUGGAUGUAGAAACGCUGAAAGUGAUGCAAGAAGGACAUGGAGGGUGGAAUCCCAGAAUGGCAGAAUUCAUUGGAAAAGUGGGUACUGUUCAUCGGGUCACAGAUAAAGGAGAUAUCCGUGUUCAGUAUGAAGGUUGCAAUAAUCGAUGGACAUUUCAUCCUGGGGCAUUAAAUAAGAUUCAGCUUUUCUCUGUUGGAGAUAUGGUCAGGAUAAUCGAUGAUUUAUCAAAAAUGAAGGAGCUUCAGAAAGGGCAUGGAGAAUGGAUUGAAGUUAUGAAAACUGCUUUAGGAAAAACAGGAAAGAUAACUAAAAUCUAUUCUGAUGGAGAUUUAAGAGUCAAUGUAGAUGGCCAGACAUGGACGUUUAAUCCUUUGUGUGUUAAAGCAGUUCCAGGAACUGCCACAGAAAUGAAUAAUACCAUGACUGCCAAUCAAAGAGAGGAGCAUACUCAUCCUCUAUUGGGCCAUUUAUUAGGUGAACCUCAUCAGUUAGAAAUAACAAACUCUGAAAGAUUAGUACGAGAAGCGGCUCAAGGGCAUACUGAUGUUGUUAGAGACCUGCUUCAAAAAUAUCCUGAUAAGGUUGAUCAAAAGAGUUCGGGUAAAAGUGCUUUGCAAGUCGCCUGUCAUCAAGGCCAUUUAGAAAUAGUUAGGAUAUUGCUGUCAGCUGGGGCCACUUUGGAAUUACCAGAUGAUGAUGGAGAUACUGCACUUCAUUAUUCUGCAUUUGGUAAUCAGCCUGUUAUAAUGGACUUACUGCUAAAGAAAGGAUCAGACAUUAAUGCAGUGAAUAAAGCCAGGUGUAGCCCAUUGCAUGUUGCUGUUAACAAGCAGCAUUUUGAUUGUGUAAAGGUCUUGCUGAAACAUCGAUGUGAUGUGAAUAUACAAGAUUCCUAUGGUGAUACUGCACUGCACGACGCAAUUAGUAAAGAAAAUUUGGAUAUCCUAAAUGCACUAAUAAAUAUCCCUGAAAUUGAUUUUACGCUGAGAAAUAAACGAGGUUUUAAUGUUCUUCACCACGCUGCUCUGAAAGGAAAUAAUUAUGCUACUGAACGCCUCAUAAUUAAGUCUAGACAACUUGUUGAUGGUAAAAAAGAUGAUGGUUUUGCUCCGCUUCAUCUUUCUGCAUUGAAUGGGCAUUUUGAAGUUUCAGAAACUUUGCUGAUGCAGGGGCAUUGUGAAAUUGAUGUAAGGAACAAUAGGAAUCAAACUCCUUUGCUCUUAGCCAUUAGUCAGUGUCACUGUGGAUUAGUUGAACUGCUAGUUUCCCUAGGUGCUGAUAUCAAUGUUGAAGAUGAAGAUGGUGAUACAGGAUUACAUAUUGCAAUUAUGAGGCAAGCAGCACAAACAACUUGUUCAAAGAAUGAUGGUAACUUAGCAGAUGCUCCAACAAUAUCUGGUAUUCUCAGUCGUCUUGGAAGUCUGAGCAUAGAAAACAGUCCUGGCCUUGCAAUAGCUUGUUAUCUGGUUCAGGAAGGUGCAGAUAUAAAUCACAGAAAUCGAAAAGGCAAAACACCGUUUGAGCUAGUGCAGAAUCCAGAUGUGCUUGAAGUGCUUGAGAAAUAUGCAGAAGCAAAAAAUCCUCAAGCUCAGUCUUUGCCUGCGUCAGGAGAAUCUAGUGAAGCACCUCAACCUGAACCUGAAGCUGCUCUUGAAGAAUGCAUAAUAUGUUGUGAAUCACGUGAAAUUGUAACAUUUGAGCCUUGUGAACAUAAAAUUUGUUGUGAAGAAUGCUGUGCUCGAAUGAAAAAGUGUAUCAAAUGUCAUACAGUUAUUUUGAAGAAGACUUCUGCUGCUGGACGUAUUUUAUCUUCAAAGGGUCGCCAGGCUAGUGUGGAAAGGCUGCGCUACUUGGAAAGUAAAAUACAAGAAAUUGAAGAAGCUCAUAGUUGCUCUAUCUGCAUGGAAAGGCCACGAAAUGUUGCAUUCAUGUGUGGACAUGGAGCUUGUGUCAAUUGUGCUCAGACUUUAAAGACAUGUCAUAUGUGUCGUAAACCUAUUACAAAGAAGAUCAAUCUAUAUUAACAACAAUGUAUUUAAUUGUAUUAUUAACCAUUUCCACUAGCAUCUGUGAUAACGAUUCUGGAGACUGUACAGUGCAGUGGAGAAAUUAGUAUACCCUUUUUUCCUGUUUGAAAUUGAAAAGGUUAAAAGACUAUGCACAAAAUGAUCUACAGCUUUCUCAAGACUGUGACACGGUUACUAUUGAAAUUGAAGCCAAUUGUUUGUGUGUAAGGUUGUUUGUAAUGGCAAUUAUAGUGUUCUUAUUUUGUAACUGUAUCUUUUAAAAAUAUUUUCAUAGAUUUUUUUUUAAUUUUAUGUAACAUUACAUUCUACGGUGUCUUUUUAUCUAAAAUUUUUACUUGCUAGUACAAUAUUUUUAUAAUGAGCUUUAUUUCACUACAGUUCCAAAUUAAUUUUCUUUUCAUUUUUUUUAUAUUAAUAUUUUAGUGCUUUUGAAAGCAUUAUUUUUUAAAAUGUGUUUUGAUUCGGUGACAUUUCACUCUCUUGCAACUACUACUUCCACCUAUUUCCCUCACUUGCUGCACACAACCUGAAAACUGGUCAAUCUAUGCAUUUAAGAAGUGAAGAAUGGACAGUUGAAAUUUUAUAAAUUGGUCAAAACUAACUACAUAUCUUUUUAAUGAUUCUUGUUGUUCAUUUAGAAUGUGUAUUGUGUUAUCAUCAGUGGACAUGCCUUCAAGACGAAUACAUUGUUGAUAUUCUUAUAUAGAGAAAAAAAAUUAUGAAAUCUGUCAUUUUAUUGUAAAAUGUUGCUACAUCAAGUUAUUUUACAAAAAUGGAUGUGUAUAUGUUUCUGUUGCAUGACUUUUUCUUUCUCAUCUACAAUUUAAAAAGAAAAAUAAUAUUUCUUCUCUAUACAUUUUAGAAUUGAUAUAUGUAUUACAUUCAUUAUUGUAAAUUACAGUAAAAUGUUCUUUUGAAAGCAAGUUUCUGAAGACAAAAAGAUUUCUUGAAAAUAGUUAUUAAUGCCACUUAUAUAUGUGUCUAAUUUUUUCCAAGUAUUUACCCAUCUUUGACUGUAUUUAAUUAUAAAAUUUAAAUUCUUCAGAAAUAUUUGUAGAUAUUUCCAGGAUAUCUUUGCUUAAUUCUUGUAAAUAGCAAAACUCAUUAUAUUUUAACAUUUUCCUUCAUACUGUGAGAAUAUUGAAGGAAUUAUUUUACUUACUUACCUUUACUUAAAAAACAAAACUACAUGUGCAGCUACAACUUUUGAGUAUGUUUCAAGUUUUUACAAUAAGUAGAAAUUGACACAAUGCUGUUUUCAUAUGUGUGCAAAUUACUUUAAAUUACAUACUAUGAAAUAACUAAUCUGGUUUAUUUUAGCUUUAAAUAUUUCUUUAUAUAAGUUUUGAAUUAAUAAUUCAUUAUAUUUGUCUUCUAUUAUUUAUAAAAAUUAAAUUUCUAUUAAAAGAACUCAACAAAGUAUGAUUUUGAAAUAAAAUAUUUUAAUUUUAGAAAAUAAAGACAAAAAGUGAACUUUAAUUUUUAGAAGUUUAUUGUUAACUGCUGUCAAAUAACAUUGAUAUUUUUCAGUAAUCACAUUUUAAAAUAUAGUAAAAUUUUGCUCAAAAUUUAGUAUAACAAAUUUAAAUUUGGAAAAUGAAUGAAAUAUCAUAAAAUAACUUUAAUUUAUUUAAUUAUUAAAAUUAAUAUUUCUAAAAAAUAAUUUGAAUUUUGACAAGUUUGGUUCAUGAAUUUCUUGAAAAAUUCUGGUUACUUUGCAAAAAUUAUUUAUGAUAAAGCUUUUGUUUCAAUUUUUUUAAAGUACAAAAAAAAUAAUUGUUUAAUGUAAAUGAAAAAAUUUCAUGUUUCGGUUGAAAACGAUACUGGCCUAGAAUAGCUAUAAAGAAUUAUGGAGCAUUUAUGUAAAAAAUCAAUCCAAAUAUUUUCUUAGUGAGGAAACUAGUUUUUUAGUGAUAUGCUUUGCAUUAUUUACUUUUUAUCUAAAGCCUAUAUUAUUUUAUCUAUUUAUGUAGUACCUUAUAUAAAUUAGUUUUAUGAAUUGCAAGCUUUUUAAGUAGGAAUAACAAUAAAAUGUUUUCAGUAUACUAUUGGCAAAAAAAAAAAAAAAAAUGAAUUUGAAAGCUUUAUACUUUAAAACUGCUUUUAAUAUUGCAUUUUAUAUGGUUAAUUGUGCCAACAUUUUGAGUUAGCUUUUAUAUAACUAAUUAAAAGUUUUUCUAAAAUUCUUGAUGUACUAAAAUCUACUCCAUUUAUUAAUUUAAAGUUUUCCCCUUCUCUCAUAUUUUUAAGAUAUACGCUAUAGUGACUACCUAAUAAUAUUUAUAUUUUCAAUAGUGUUCUCAUGUAUAGUAUUAUGAUAUUUAAAAGAAGUUUUAUAUUGCAGGUUAUACUGAUGUAUGUAGGCUUUAUUUCCUGCAAUGUGUACAAUUUAAUAUCAUGUAAAUGGUGCUAUUUAUAUGCUCUUUCCUGUGUUUUCUUUUAGAUGACUUGACAUAUUUAUUGCUUUUUAAGUCUGUUUUUGUGUUAAUAUCUGGAGUUCAAUAUCUGAUAUUUAAUAUUGUCUUUUUAACAUAUAAAUUAAGUUUUUCCCAAAAAAUAUUAAAUAUCUUACCUUACCAAAAACUUAAUUUAAUACAUUUUAUCUAACUAAUGGAACUUGCAUUUUAUGAACGUAAACUUUCUCAAUUUUUUUUAUAGAAGUAAAUCUUGUUAGCAAAAAUAUAUUUUGUACUACUCUUGUAUGGAAUUACUGAAUAAACUUAAAAGUUAAUAUGAAUAAUUUUUAAAUCAAUGUUUUCAUGUUCGUUAAUGAACAUUUUUGAGUGUGUUUGUAUUUUUCUCUAGUGUAAGAAUUUUAAAGUAUUUUAAUUUUAAACAAUUUCAACUAGUCACAUAACCCUGUCUACUUAAUGAAUAUCCAACUAAAUUUUAUUUAUAUAUUUUUGUUAAAUUCCCUUCAUUACAUAUGCUGUUACUGCAUUUUUGAAUCAAAAUAUAUAUUUUACUAUGUUUUGAUUGAAUUAGUUUUGCAAACCCAAUUUUUCUUGUUUCAUUUCUCUUUUAUAAAAUUUGUUAUUCUGUUGUAUAAUAUAAAGUAACUGGCUUCCAUAAUGCUGCCCAAAUGUGCCUACAUUUGGAUUCAUCAUUCUUUGUGGGAAAAGAAAGUUACAAUUGUUAUUUUAGGUUUUGUUAAUAGCAUGCUUACUUUUUAAUCUCAAAAUUUAAAUAAUAAUGAAAUAAGGCUAAGUAAUUGAACACAAAAUUAUUUAAUUUUUUUACUUUGUUUUAGCAAUUGCAAUGGAAUGCUAUUAGGAAAAGUAUCAUUGCAUCAAGUAAUGUUUUUCAUCCUUUCAAUUUUAUUGAGAUAAGUUAAAAUUCUAUUAUCUUUUAAUUAAAUAAAGAUAAUAAUUUAAAAAAUAUAUUAUUAUAGUCAUGAAGAAUUUAAGCUAUAAUUUUUUUUAAUUCAAAUAUUACUUUUGAAACUUGCAUGUGAUUGUAAGAAAGAAAAUAAAUAAAAGCAUUCUACUAAUAAGUGCUAUUUUUUUAAAUCUGUUAGUGAUAAUUGUUGCAAAUUAGUUAAAAUGUUUCCAACAUUUGCCUUUUUAAUAAAUUUUCUCAUCUACUUAUUUAUUGUGCUAACCUUUUUUUUAAGUGUUUAAUCUUUUUUUAGCUGAGUUUAAAGCUAUUCCUGAAUUUUUCAAACAAUUGAACCCAUUUAGAUAUUUAAGAAAAAUAAUUAUUUUGCCAUCAGUGUAGAUACUACUAUUUAAUUUCAUCUUGUACUUUAUUCUUAAUUGGGAAUCUAAUUGUGUCAUAAAUUAAAUAUUGGCAUUAUUGAAAACUUUUCACUUAAGACUACAUUUGUUAGAAUAAAUGGGAAUAAAUAAAAGCUAAAUGGUACUUCAAUAGUUUGGUGUAGAACUAAGCUAAAUCCAAAAUUUGUUUCUGAAUUAUAGUAUAAAUACUAUCCGUUGAAUGUAGGGCUGUUAUAAGUCCUAUAUUCAUCAAAGAGCAGUUUUACCAAAAAACUAUUUUUGCAUCAAAUAUUUGUAUUUCUUUUUUUGGAAGCAGAUAUGAUAUAACAUGAAAAAAACAGGGAGGGGUAAGAAAUUUUAUUUUAUUUGUAUUUAAUAAUUUUGGACAAAGAAACCCUUGUGUUUAUUGAAAUAUAUUUUUGGAUUUAGCACAAAUGUCAUCGGAAGCAGCAAUAUAUUCUUUAGUUUCCAAUAUUACAUGGGCCCUAAAUGUUAUCAAUAGGUGAACAUAAAGAUAAUUAUUAUUUCUUAAUCCAAUAGAAUUUCGCUAAUCUCUUUCUCUUGGGUGUCAUACUUGCACAGGUUUCAUUUAGACUUACCUUGCAAGAGUGAGCAUUGUAAUUAUAUCAUUUCUUGUGGCAAAUAUUGAAUUUGUGUGUUUGAUAACUAUGUAUUAACAGUGCUCAAAUAUGAACUGUACAGGAACAUCACUCAUCAUAUAAAUAAAUAUUUUAUAAUUCAUCCAGAA